UGCGAUGGAUCAGUGCUUCUGAAUUCCUCCUCCAACUCAGCAGAGAUGGAUGCACCACCAAACGCUGGAUCCCUCAGAGGGUUCGCCGAAGUUGACUCAAUCAAAGCCGAAGUUGAAAAAGCCUGCCCCGGAGUAGUUUCAUGCGCGGAUAUCCUGGCUUUGGCAGCCCGCGAUGCCGUAGUGAAGGUUGGAGGCAAAUAUUGGUCUGUACCUCUUGGCCGCAAGGAUGGUUUCAUCUCUUCCCUGGUUGAAGCCAAUUCUAGCCUCCCGUCUCCAUUCAUGACGUUUGCUCAGCUUGUAGAGAAUUUUGCUGCUGUGGGCCUCAACGCGAAGGAUAUGGUUAUUCUUUCAGGAGGGCAUACAAUCGGUCAGGCUCAUUGUGCUGUCGUGAUCCCUCGCCUGUACAACUUUAGCGGUGUGCCCGGAGCCACCGAUCCAUCGCUCGACCCCACAUUUGCCGACAUGCUCAGAACCCUGUGCCCGUCAGACGAGCCUUUGACCUUCGUUGGGCAAAUGGAUGCCACUAAUGGCACAUUCGACAACAAUUACUUCACAGCCGUAAAAAGUCAGAGGGGACUCUUCUCAUCGGACGCUGCGCUCCUGACCAGCCCUCUUGGUCGCAGAAUUGUGAGAGAAUCAGCUCAAUACCCUGGCAGUUUCUUGAGAGAAUUCGGAAAGUCCAUGGUGAAAAUGGGCAACAUUGACGUGCUGACUGGAUCUGCGGGAGAGAUCAGGCGAGUAUGCUCCGCUGUCAACAACAAUGGAAAUUACUGAUUCAUCAGAUGCAGAGUAGGGUUUACGAGAACUUCCAAAUAGAUGCAGGAUGCCUGAGACAGGCAUGUGCGGAUAACAUCAACUUUUCAUAAAAUGCAUCCCAACCAUUGAAACUCGGUGAGGUCAAUAAGUGUAGAUAGAAGCUACGCAUGAGCUUAAACCUGAGAAAUACCUAGGAAGUACGAAAUCGAAACCUGUCCAUUUGAUCUGAUUUGUCUACAUUCUUCGUUCAUAGCGUCAAAUUCUAGCUGAGGAUAUCCAAAUAAAACUCGUUGCAGUUUUUGUAACAUGUACAGUUCAGUGCUAAUAAAAGAAUACUCUUCC